AUGCGGCGCCUCCUUGCUGUGCUGCUGGCCGCGGCGGUGGCCGCCGCGCCGGCCCUUGCAGUGGUGGUCGACGCCGAAAUGCCGCCAGACGUGGCAGCGCGCUGGUCAACGCUCGACCCAACAAAGUGGAGCCUGCCGCAGCUGCAGUCUGCCCUGCCGCUGCUGCGCCCGCCGCCCGGCUUUGCUGUGGGGCUGUACUUCAACGCCUCCCUGGUUGAUAACGCGCGCAGCCUGGCGGUCAGCGGCGCCAGCAAGCACCCGGGCGGGCCCAUCAUCAGCUACGUCUCUAGCACCAAGGCCAACAAGACGUAUGCUCUGGUGGACAGUGAUGGGGACGGCUCAGCUGAUAGCCUGACGGUGGUGCUGGACGGACUGGACACGCCGCAGGGCAUGGACUGGCACGACGGUGACCUGUACGUGACAGGGUGGGACGAGGCCGGCCGCGGCAUUGUGUGGCGUGCCCGCGGCAUAGACAGCUACGCCCUUGCAGGCCGGCGCUUCCCCAACUCUAAGCUGGAAGUUGUGACCAAUCGCCUUCCGUCUGCGCGCUGGCACGGAGCCAGGUAUGCGCGCUUCAGCCCUGACGACGGCCUGCUGUACGUCUCUGUGGGGGCGCCCUGCAAUGUGUGUCCCGAGGACAGGUCCCCGCAGGGCAUCGUGUACUCGACCAUAUACACCAUCAACACCACAAACGGCGAUCUCAACCUGUUCGCACGAGGCCGUGACAGCAUGGGCGACGACCUGCCAGAUGACAAGCUGCAGAUGUAG